AGAAGCCAUGACUUCACAUCUCAAGUGUACACACCACUAGCAAAGAAAACAGUUUAUCAGUCAAGCCUGACUUCCUCUCACAAAGGAAACCAACACACUGGUCUGUUCCAAGCCCAAAGCGGAAAAACUUAGUUGAGCAAGAAAACGACAAUGCAGUGUUAGGCAAAGAGCAAGCUACAAGCAGUCUGUUCCACAGCCGUGGGCCACAUCUGACACGCCAGCAAAGUCUUCCUGAAAAGCUAAAAAGUACUUACUGGAAGACUAUGGAAGAACAAAAAAAAAUGAAAGGGAGAAAGAUUGGCUCAACAAGAAAAAAGAAACAGCAGCAACAUGUCCCUGAGGAAACAAGGCCUGAUACAACUGCAAUUUUAGAGGAGGAAGAUGCUUUCUUUGCUGAUAUUGUGGAAAAGAUUAGAAAUGUACUCUUUCAAGAUGACAAUGGCAGCAGUGUUUUUAUCACUCGCAAUGACAUGGAGAAAGUAAGCAGCAGCAUUUUCUGGAGUACUGAAGAAUUAGAACUGCUCUUUGAUGAGCUUAAUAAUGAUGGGAAAGGAUACUUGACUUUUGAAGAAUUUACUUUAGGACUGAGAAAUCAUAUCAGUUCCGAUAAUAAUCCCUGGAAUCAAAAGAGAAAAAGAAAAUCUUCAAAAAGAAUAGCAGAAUUUACAAAUCCGCCAUCCAUUGAAGAAGCAGAUGCAGACGAGAGGAAGCAGUUCAUGUCAUUCAUGGAACAUCUUGGAGCUCGUAACAUUUUUGAAGAUGAAAAGGAAAUUUGGAAACUGUGGACUAAACUUGGCCGUGAUGAGCCGCAUUUGCUUGGGAACCUAGAAGAACUCUUGGCUAAAGUCACGAGUCAAAUAAAGGAAGCCAGAAAAGAGAAAGAAACUUUAGAGAUGGUUUUAAAAAAGAAGAUAUCUGAUCACAAUGAAGAAGUACAGCGUCUGUAUGAAGAGAUGGAACAGCAAAUAAAUACUGAAAAAGAAAAAUUGCUUAAUGAGAGUGAUGUCCGAAACAACAUUCGCAGCAAGGAACUACAGAAGCGAAUAGAAGUGAAAAAUACAGAAGUCCAGCAGUUAGUUGCCGUUCAGGACGAGUUGGAGGGAGAACUUCACAGUUUAAGAAGCACACAACAAAUAACAAAGACAGAGAAUGAGAAACUAAAACAGACUAAUCAGGACCUAGAGCACCAACUGGGAAAGAUACGUGACCAACUGUCUGAAGCUCAAGGUUGUCUGAGUGAGAUGAAGCACAAAAUGGCACACAGUCAUUCUGAGAGGGAGAGGAAAGACAUUGCUGAACCUCUAACUAUUUCAAGCUCCCAGGAAGUCAGGGACCAGAUAGAUCCAGAUGAAGAAAUUACCCUUCCAAGCUCAAAGGAAACCAUAAGGGACCAAACAGAUCCACAUGAAGAAAUUACUCUUUCAAGAUCACUGGAAGCCAUAAGGGACCAAACAGAUCCACAUGAAGAAAUGAUUCUUUCAAGAUCACUGGAAGCCAUAAGGGACCUAAGAGAUCCAGAUUAUGGCAUGACACUUCCAAACUCACAGGAAGCCAUAAGGGACCAAAGAGAUCCAGAUGAUGGCAUGACACUUCCAAGCUCACAGGAAGCCAUAAGGGACCUAAGAGAUCCAGGUUAUGGCAUGACACUUCCAAACUCACAGGAAGCCAUAAGGGACCAAAGAGAUCCAGAUGAUGGCAUGACACUUCCAAGCUCACAGGAAGCCAUAAGGGACCUAAGAGAUCCAGAUGAUGGCAUGACACUUCCAAGCUCACAGGAAGCUAUAAGGGACCUAAGAGAUCCAGAUGAUGGCAUGACACUUCCAAGCUCACAGGAAGCCUUAACGGAACAGCUAGAUCUAGAUGAAUCAAUUACCAUUUCAAGUUCACAGUUCUAUCAGAUUUUUUUCCAGGAAGAAUCCCAGAAGGAUAAAACUACUGAAAUGGGAGAAAUGAUGCCUGAACUAACUGUGAAGUCAGAAGAAAUUUCUCCCAAUUCUGUAGCUACAGAAGAACAUGUCUCAUCUGAAUUUAAUACAGUUGGUUUAACUGAAACAAGUACUUUCAGUGAUCAACUAGAAAUAUCAAUGCACAAAAGUGACAGUUUGUUUGGCCAAACAUCACCAUCGGUAACACGAGUCAUCUCUAUAGAAGAAGACCCAAUGCCGGAGUUGUUUAUCAAAGACAGUGGUGUUCCAGAAGCCGAUAUGUCAAAUAUACAGGAAUCAAGCCAUUCUCAUUAUAACGUACAAACAGAGAAAGACUCUGACAAACUGAUGUUUGAACAGAUUAUUCCAGAAAUGGAUACAUAUGUUGCCCCCAAUGACCAGCCAGAAAUAUCAUUAAGAACAUCAAACCACUCAAAAGACAUUUUUCCUGACCAACCUACACAUUCAGCUGUCCCAGAUCACUUAAAUAAAGAAGACCAGACUUUAAAGAAUGUUUCAGUAAGGGGUAGUGAUAAACCAAACCAAAAACCAUUACAAGUAGAAAUCUCCCAGAUUAUUAAGGCACCGCAAAGUGAUAAUGCUACAGAAGAUCGGAAAGUUCAGAUGGAUAAAAAAGUGACUUUCCAUAAAGAUCUUCCAAAAUUUGUAAAUGAAGAAAAAAAACGAGAUGUCCAAAAGAUAACACAGAACACAGAAGAGAAAAGCUCUCUUCCUCAUACAACAGUGCACCCAGAUCAUGUUUACAAGAUAUUGUUUGUUGGCAACUCUAGUGUUGGGAAAACUUCAUUUUUACACAGAGUGCAUGAUGGCUCUUUUCACCAAGGCUAUUCAGCAACAGUAGGCAUAGAUUGCCGUAUCAAAACCAUAAAUGUAGAUGAUAAGCGUUUUGCACUACAACUCUGGGAUACAGCUGGACAAGAAAGAUUUCACAGUAUCACAGAGCAUUUUUUUAGGAAAGCAGACGGGUUGGUGAUUAUGUAUGAUGUGACUUCUAAAGACACGUUUGAUGCCGUGCAGUAUUGGCUGAGCUGUAUCACGAACAAAACACAAGAUGAUAUUAUCAUUCUCCUUAUGGGAAACAAAAUAGACUGUGAGGCUGAAAGAGAGGUGACAACUGCAGAUGGAGAAAAGCUGGCCCAAGAAUACAAAUUAUUGUUUGCUGAAUGCAGUGCAGCAUCAGGCAUCUGCAUAACCGAACCACUGAUUCAUAUGGCCAGAUCAUUACAGAAGCAUGAGGAUGACAUAAAAAAUAAUGUGGUGAAACUGAGAGAGCCAACAGAAAAGAAUAAAAGCUGUUGUUUCUAGAAGUCGCAGAGAAUGUCUGGCAUGGUUUCCCCAAGGCUUCAGCCAACUUCAAAUUAUUGGAACAAUUCUUGGCCAGAAAUGCCUGCCUUAUUUGGACUGGAAAACAUGGGGGACAGGUUAUUUGCUUCAAUCACUUGGAACAAUGCAUGUUUUUAUCCACCUGAUUUGUAUAUGUAUGUGUGUGUUUUCUUAAACAUAACUGCCAGAUCGAUUUUACAUAGGAAUUGCAAAUUGCAAGCAAUGUUUUUGUACAACACACCAAUAAAAUGUGAAUAAACAUA